CCCAAAUCCGAUUGAACCCUAAACCUAAUUGUGAAUUCCCAGUCCCCCGCCGAUGGAUAACUCAAUUAAUUUACAACAAAUUGAAAAUGGUGAAUGUAUGUAAAUUGAAAAUGCCGCCGCAUGGACGCCGUCGUCAACUCAAAUCGGUGUUGCCGGCGGCCUCCCCAUCUGCCCGAGCUUGAAGCGGGCAGUUUGGGAGAAUCUGGCUGAGAUACCGGAGCUGAAGCUUGUGGCGUGCAACGGCGCCUCGUCCUCGCUGAUGCUCGACUCAAUUAUACAGCUGAAGAGUGCGAGCAGAUGGAUGUCAAAAUUGUGACUCCUGAAGCGAUGAGGAGAAGUUUUCUCGGAAUGUCUUUGGCUGACAUUCAGCGCUUCAUUCUCGAACGCCUCGCUGUUGCUCGGUGAGCUCCAGUUUGUCGAAAUUUGAAUAAUAUGCAUUAGAUUUCUGUUGGAUUGCUGAUCAUGUUGACUAUUUGUUCGAAGAUGCAUCACUUAAUGUUAGGAUUGCUAAUAAAUUGCUGGGACAUCGUUUAUGAGUGGUCAAAUUGCUGGGCUAGCUCAGAAUAGACAACUGGGUAUGAUGCAGAAUGCUAUCAAUGUUGAAGCCACCAAUAUCCUCCCCAAACACUUCUUCAUAGCAUAUUCAACAACAGAGACAGCAACACCUCAUCCAGCAACAAUUAGCUUCUUCGCAGUUGCUUCAAAAUUCAGCAGGCAUUAACCCACAGCAUUUGUCUCAAAUAGCACAGCAGCAAACACAAGCCCAAUCACCGAUGCAGCAGCCUCCACAACUGCAGCAUUUCCACCAGCAGCAGUCACCGAGAAUCGCUGGGCCUGGAGGCCAGAAAUCUGUGAGUUUGACUGGAUCACAGCCAGAUGCUGCUGCAUCAGGAGCAACUACACCAGGUGGCAGUUCAAGCCAAGGCACAGAAGCCGGUAUUCAACUUCUUGGGAAGAGAAAGAUACAAGAUCUUGUGUCACAGUUGGAUUUAAAUGUAAAACCUGACCAUGAAGUCGAAGAGCUUCUAUUAGAAAUUGCUGAUAACUUCAUUGAUUCGUAACUGUGGCAAAUCUUCAACUGCGGAGGCCAAGGAUGUCUUGCUGCAUGCAGUGGUCUAUUCUGCUAGAUAUUAUUUGUUCCCCUGUCAUAAGAUUCAGUGUUGAGAUGUAUCUCGUAUUUUGUUAAGGAUAUCCACAAUGGUGGCCCUCUUGGGCAUGCCCAACAAACUUGCUCCUGCCCAUGAAAACUUGGCCACUACAAUGGCGGCCCUCCGGGCCACCAUUUUUUGUUAUAUUUCAAAAAUUAAAAUUAUUUU